AUGACUCAAGAAUUAUCAAUACUUGAAAAGAAGCUCGACCAAAUCAUCAAAAACACCAAGUUUGUACCAAAACCAGACUUUGUCUACCUGAAACUACUACCUGCCAUUCAUAAUCUGUCCAAAGAAGAACAAAUUUAUUUCAAAAACCUCACCGAACCUAUAUUUGGAUAUAACGAACAGCUACGCAAUGGAAAAUUGAAGCAACUAGCCACUGAUUACCAUGUUACGUUAAUUCUUCCUUAUUUGUGCACUUUCAUAAAAGAUACCGUACACUUUAACUUGGUUUUUACCGAUCUGACUUUGCUCAUUUACGCUAUGAGGAUGGUGAAAAGUUUGCUGGCAAACAAAAACGUAAAUCUGAAGCCUUAUAUACAUGAAAUUCUUCCUGCAGUUCUAUCAUGCAGCCUAGCAAGAAAUAUAAGCAAGUAUUAUGUUGACAACCAUUGGACUUUGAGGGAAUUUGCUGGCGUUGUGGUAGCUUCAAUUUGCGCUACUUAUUCAGAUAAUUUGAACAAUAUAAAACAGAAGGUAAUAGAAAUUUAUAAUAAAGGUAUAGUGGAUGCUGACAAAGGACUCACCACAAGUUUUGGUGCAAUCAAAGGCUUCUAUAGCCUAGGAGAAGAAGAAGUGAAAACUCAUUUAAUUCCAAAAAUAAUGAUUAUCAGCAAAAAGAUUCAAAGGACAAUAGAAAAUAAUUAUCAGAAUUUCGGAUACAUGGAACAGAAACAUCAAACUAACGUGGCCAAGCAUGUUAGAACUGUUAUGGUCACUGUUUGUGCCCCCAUUCUAUAUAAAACGAGAAACGUUAACGAUGGAGGUCUGACAUACGCGAGAGAUUUUGGCUAUUUAGGAAAAUCUCUGUACAUACAAGUUAAAAACAUUGAAAGCGCACAGUUGGCCAAGCAAAUGCAGCAUUUCAAUAAUGUCCUUAACGUAAGUUCUCUUGUAAAUCAAAGCAUGGCUUUCAAUUCAGGAAAUCCAAAUAUAUUGAAUGGAAAUCAAAAUUUGACUCCAUCCAAUGUUAAUCAAAACUUAAUUUUGAAUCGAGCCAAUGGUAACCAAAAUGUCAUGCCUAAUCCACUAAAUCAAAAUAUUAUGUUGAAUCCUGCUUAUUUCAAUACAGUGAUAACUCCUGGCAUAAGGCCAUUGAAUUCGAGUUUGAUGAAAUUUGGUCCUGCACCAAAUAGUUCUUGGUUCAAGAAGGGUAGAUUUUAG